AUGGCCAAGGCAGCUCCACGCACUGUGCUUAUCACCGGCUGCUCCUCAGGCAUUGGACUGUGCAUGGCUGUGCAACUAGCACGGGAUCCAGAAAGGCGAUUUCAUGUCAUUGCCACAAUGCGUGACCUGCGCAAAAAGGACAAGCUGGAGGCAGCAGCGGGGGACACACUCAACCAGACCCUCAGCAUUCAGCGCCUUGAUGUCUGCAGUGAUGAAUCUGUAGCUGAAUGCAUUAACAGCCUUCCUGAGAAACAGCUGGAUGUGUUGGUGAACAAUGCUGGUGUGGGGCUCAUUGGCCCUGUGGAGUCCAUCAGCAUCGAUGCCAUGAAACACAUCUUUGAGACCAACUUCUUUGGUGCCAUCCGCAUGAUCAAGGCUGUGCUCCCUGCAAUGAAGCAGCGUCAGAAAGGACACAUUGUAGUCAUCAGCAGUGUCAUGGGAUUGCAAGGUAUCCCUUUCAAUGAUGUCUACGCUGCCUCCAAGUUUGCCAUGGAGGGUUUCUGUGAAAGCCUUGCUGUGCAGCUCCUCAAAUUCAAUAUCUUCAUCUCUCUGGUAGAGCCUGGCCCUAUAAACACCGAAUUUGAGAUGAAGCUGAUGAAGGAAGUGGCUCAUUCUCAGUUCCCAGGAGCUGAUGCUGCUACUGUGCACUACUUCAAGGAGAUCUACCUACCAGCCUCACAUGAAAUAUUCACCACCCUGGGCCAGUCCCCUGAGUCUGUGGCUAAGGUUGUUGUGAGUGUCAUCGCAAAAGAACGCCCACCAUUCCGGACCCAGACAAACCCUCUGUACACACCAUUGGUGGCCCUGAAGUAUGCCGACACCUCAGGUGAACUGUCUGUCAGCGCCUAUUACAACCUGCUUUUCCGCUUCACCAGACUUUUCUACUUCAGCACAAGCUUCCUCAAAUGCAUUACAUGUAGGUGUUUUCGGCGCCAGAUCACACCUACCUGA